CUACUGGCCAUGUCGUCUGAUUGUGAGGUGCGGAGUUCUGCCCUUGAAGAGUUGCGUGACAUGGCGAACAAAUGCGAAGUGAAGAGUCUUGGUAUUUCUAGUCACAUGCAGCUGCCAAUCUGUUUCCUACGGAUUGGUUUGUCAUGCUUGAUGGGAAGGACUGCAUCCAUUGCCGAUCUGGUGUUCUUCUUACUAAUGGUGGGGGAUGGGGCAAUCGAGAAGCUGAUGAUGGCAGCAACAAGGGCUGGAUCCGAUGGGACAACCGCAGUCGAAAGCGUGAAAGUACUUCUAGCGACAUUUGGUGCAUCUUUCAGAUGCAGGGCACAUAUUGCAUCAGAGGAUCUAUCAGAUCUUACGAUGCGGGAUCCUUAUGGCAUUGCAGGUCUACGAUACGGCUUUCCUGCAUACACCCUGGGUCCCGAUGGAGCGUUGUAUCGGGAUGGCCGGCGGUUUCAAUGGGGUGGGGCACGGAAGGGCUCCAACUAUGAUGCUGCUCGACAGGAUAGGCCUGUCCAUGACGUCACGGCGGGUGUGGAAUGGCAAGACGUGGUGAUCGGGAGUGAUGCGCCAGCGCGCCCAGACCAAGGCACUGUGGCUGUUGAGGUUGUGCAUGAGCUGAGCGGACUGCGCGGGCCACCACCUGACUUCCGUCAGGAAACACGUUGCAAUGGUGAUGCAAGCCCGAGGAUAGCAAGAGCAUGUGCACCCCUCCCUCCCCACAGCACUGUGGCUGUUGAGGUCGUGCACGAGCUGAUCGGACGGCGCGGGCCACACUCGGACCUCCGUCAGGAAACACGUUGCAAUGGUGAUGCAAGCCCGAUUCCAGCAAG